UUCCUCUAAAAAAGCUACUGUACAGUGAUGAAAUUGGGAUGAAAUACGAGGAUAAGCAUUGAAGAACACCGCACUUGUAAACUGUGUGAAGGUGCGCCAAGGAGAUGUUGGAUAGAAAUCGUGAGAAAAACUUCUGCUGACAAAUUCGAAAGUAUCAGUGAGACGGCAAGAUCAUAUCUGCCUGCGCUCUCGAAAUGAUUUGAACACCCACAAGCAUCUCUCCAAACAUUUUCGGACCGAGGAAGUUACGUUUCUAGUCGUGCCUGGAACGGCCGAUGGAACAACCACUCUCGCCAAGUUGAUUUCAUCACGAAAGCACUGUACAUCCAUCCCACAAUGACAGAAAGAAAGAUUAGUGGCAACUCGAAACGGUUCCUCUCAUCCCAAACAAACAGUUCCAGCCCUAAAUAUGAAGUGAACCUCGCCCUCGUGGGACCUCUAAAUGCCGGAAAGUCCGCCCUUACUGUCCGAUACAUGACUCAACGCUUCAUAGGAGAUUACGACCCAGCCCUUGAAGAUACGUAUUGUAAAGUGGAUUGGGUGGAAGGACACCAAGUUUUGGUCCGUGUUAUGGAUACGAGUGACCAUAACUCGGAGGAUCUCUUUCCCGAGCGCUAUUUACGGUGGGCAGACUGCGUUCUGAUGGUUUUCUCUAUAACCAGUAAAUCCUCAUUCAGUGGAUUAACUGAAUACUUGGAUAUGUGGCGAGGAUUUGGCGUACAACAUCGAUCCCGGAGAGCGAGUCACGAUGCCCAAGUGGGUGGGAGUAGUUCAAAGGAUUUUCGACGCGCUGUUACGCCCACUCUCACUUUGAGUGUGGCCAAAGCUCCAACUGUUAUUUUGGUCGCAGCUAAAAGCGAUUUGGAGAGCGCAAGAGAAGUUCUCAGGUCGGAGAUGGAGGAUUUGGCCCAAAAAUUCCAAAUUCCCUUGCUGGAAACAAGUUCAGCGGAGGAUUGGGACUCCGUGGAACGAGUGUUCCAUGCAGGCAUUCGAGAGGGCCUUCUCGCUCAGGUAUUGUGCGCUGAAGAUAAGGGUUCGAAAUGGCCCGGAAAGCAGAACGAUCAGGACAAGUUCACUGCGUCUCUCCUUAACGCCUUAUCGGUAGGAAACCACCCAGAUGCUGGAUCCAAAGGAAUUGCUUUUCGAACUCGUUCAAGUGAACGCGCGAGUCUGUCUGGUCCGCCUUCUGGAUGCUCUCACAACGCCAACAACCAUCACCAUUACCAUCAAACCCAACAGUAUUUGGGCUCACCGAGCCCCUUGGCCAAUGGAGGACAUCCAACCCAAGCCAAGGAUUUCCUGACGCCCUUCAGGAAAGAUAGUAAAGAUCGAUUUUCAAGGUUCAAAACACUAAAAGGUAUCUUCCAAUAACUAGAAAUUUGAUCAGAGUCCGCGACAAAUAAAGAAAUCGGCCGUCAGGUGUUAAGAAA